AAAAACACGAAAUUGCUUUGUUUAAGCAUUCGCGUCAGUGCGCAGAUGGGCAUCAAAAGGAGAUGCCUUUUUCAUAGAAGCUGCGAAGAACGCCUUGAGAAGGAGCAGCAGCAGGAGGAGGAGGAGGAGGAGGAGAGAAAGGAGCGAGACCCACGAGAAUUUGAGGUCGGAGGAGCCGAAAGUUGCCUCCUUUCUGGUGGGUAGCGAGGUUGGGGAGCUGGGCAUUGAUGGCGGACGCGGAGAAGAUAGGGGGAGCGAGGGAGGGGGAGGGGGAGGAGGAGGAGGAGAGGCUGUUGAUGGAGGGGGUGACGGUUCUUGAUUUCGACAUGCUGUGCUCGACGGUGGCGCUGCAGACGCAGGGGAAAUGGAGGAAGCUCGAGAGCGGGGAGGGGGAUGAUGAGGGGUUGGAGCUUGGUGGUGGGGUUUUCAGGAUGUGGGAAGGUGAGGUUCUUGAUUGCUUCGAGGACCGUCGUGUUGCCCUUCAAUCUUCAUGUUGUCCAUGCUACAGAUUUGGGAAAAACAUGAAGCGGGCGGGUUUCGGUUCUUGCUUUAUGCAGGGAACCUUCCACUUUGUUCUUGCCUUCUGUGCAUUUUUCAGUGUGAUUGCUUUUGCAGUAACCAAGCGACCCUUAUUUAUCUACUUAGCAGUAGCUUUUGCCUUCUCACUUGGAACUUAUAUGGGCUUAUUCCGUGCACAAAUUAGAAAGAAGUUUAACAUCAAAGGCUCUGACAGCUCUUUGGACGAUUGUGUCUACCAUUUUAUAUGUCCGUGCUGCGCCUUAUGUCAGGAAUCCCGAACUUUGGAGAUGAACAAUGUCCAGGAUGGAAUUUGGCAUGGUCGUGGCGACACAAUAUGUGUGGCUACUUACAAUGAAGGAAGCAAAGCAAUAAUUGAGCUAAAUUCAACCCCUGUUUCCUUAACCAAGUGCCCCGACCCUUGCACAAUGCAAAAGGGUAUUACAGCAGGCUGAGAAUUUCUCAAACCACAUGAGAAGUUGUAAUCUUCUGAACCAUCGGCUGGGGUUGCAGUCAAAGGAUUGUCAAGCAGGCUGUGUCAGUGUGAAACCCGAGUUGCGCGAGUUUCUGGUUGUAGUCAUUGAGGAGGCAUACAGUGCAGGCCAAGCGAUACGGCAACCAUUUGAUUCGGGUGGAAUGAUUUGAGAAUAUGACGUUUGUUCAUUAUACUCAAGAUUUCUCUCGGUGUAUGUGUAAAAAUCGAUUGCCCAGCAAUGCAUUCAUUCUGUUGAUUGAAAAAGUUCAAUCCUUGUUUAUGUGGUGUGCAUCAGUCUGUUGUAUGGCGAACAAGUUCAUCAAUGGUGUAUGUCACAUCGUCAAUCUGGGGAGUUGCUUAUUUGAGCAUUCAUCUUUUUUGGCUUUGAGCUUGCA